UGGGGCGCCCCCGCGCCUCUGCCAGAAAGCCGACGCCAGCUGUUCUUUUAAUGGCGCUGUGCGACCUAUCAGUGCAACGCGCUUCACCUGCAGCGGUGACUCCAGUUUCGCAGACCCGGACGCUUGUUCGAGAUCAUCCUCGCAGUCCUACUGACCCCCCUUCGUUAUUCUCCACUUUUUCCCCCGCACCGGAACUCACCUGUCACCCCUCCCCAAAACCUCCUGAUUUCCCUGGACUAUUUGGGCAUUAUGACCAUGCCCUUGGAGCUGGGGUCUUACCACCGGGAGCCGAACGUGAGCAGCCUGGAAAGUCAGCUCGUCUGCCCCAUCUGCCUGGAGCUCUUCACCAAGCCCGUCGUCAUCUUACCCUGCCAGCACAACCUUUGCCGAAAAUGUGCCAACGAACUCUUUCAGUCAUCUCUUUUUCAGGGCCGGGGCACGAUGGUGGGGGCUGGGGGGCACUUCCGCUGCCCGUCCUGUCAGCACGAGGUGGUCCUCGACCGCCAUGGCAUCUAUGGGCUGCAGCGCAACUUGCUAGUUGAGAACAUCAUUGACGUCUACAAGCAGCAAUCCUCCAGCUCUGGGCCGUCCCUGAAGACUGCUGGCCAUCCCAUGUGUGAGGAACAUGAAGAUAAGAAGGUCAAUAUCUACUGCCUGAGCUGCCACAUACCCACCUGCUCUCUCUGCAAAGUGUUUGGUGCCCACAAGGCCUGCCAGGUGGCUCCGAUGCCAGAAGUCUACGAGCAGCAGAAGGCUGAGCUCAGCGGUGGGAUUGGGACUCUUGUUGCUGCUAAUGACCACGUCCAAGCCUUCAUUACUGAGCUGGAGGAUACCUGUAAAAACAUUGAGAACUGCGAAAGCCAGAAGCAGAUGGUGUGCGAGAAGUUUGAUCGUAUGUCCAGCAUCUUAGAGGAGCGCCGGAACGCCAUGCUGCAUAUGAUCACCACUGAGCAGGAGGAGAAGGCGGGGCAUGCCCGUUCCCUGACGCAGACCUACAAGGAACACUUGGAGGCCAACUCCAAGCUGGUGGAGACGGCAUUGCACACCAUCGAAGAACCCGAUAUGGCCACCUUCCUGCAGAGCUCAAGAUCCCUCAUUGAAAAGGUGACUGAGGCCGCCAAGGUCUGCACUGUGGAGACCCUGGAACCAGGCUUUGAGAACAUGGACCACUACAAAGUGGACUUCGAUGAGGAGGAGAGAUCAUUGCACCUGCUGGACUUCAUCAAACCUGAAGAUGAAGUCCAGGAAGUCCCAGAUGAGCUAGAAUCGCAACCAAAAAUAAGACCAGAACCAGACCUAGGACCAGAUCUGGUCCUAGAGUCUGAGCCUAUAAUACAACUGAAGGAUGUCAACCCAAGGGCCAAGAUCGGAGAAGCUGAAGAGAUUGGAGUGCUGGGAGAGGCCUGUACUGGCCCCACUAAAGAACUCCCAAAUGACCACAAGAGUCUGAAUACUCAUCAGGAUGAGCUCGGGGGAGGUGACUCGAGGACCCGGGCAUCAUUGGCGGAGGCUAGCGAAGACUGGUACAAGUCAAGUGGCUGGCGGCCUGGAAACCCCAGCUCGCCCGUGUGGAGUGAGGCUUGGGAAAGUGCUGAUCCCCCGUCCCUCGUAGCCAGCGAGCCACAGCUCCCAUCCACUUCGGCGGGCGCCAGUGCCCCCCCCACAUGCCCAGUGGACCCAGACGGACAGUUAGCACAGAGCUCCCCGGACCCCACCCAGGGACUCCUCGCGUUGUUUGACUCUGAGGAGGACUCUGAGCAAGGGGAGAUCUCUGCAGGCCAGGCCCAAUCAACGUCCCUAUCCGUGCAGGCCAUCUCCCUCAUCUUUUACAUCCUGGCGCUGGUGAUCAUCCUUCAGCGGGUCUGGGGUUACAUUCGCUGCAUCACUUGUCCGUAGCCAGGCCGGCUGGAUGGAACAGCCCUGAAUGCAGGGUCUUGUCCCUGCAGUGGGAACCCAGGACGGGAGAGUGACGGAGCAGAGCAUUGACACACCCUUUGAGCUCAUCCCUACUGCCCUCUUGUGGCCGGACAUAUAGGAGAAACAGGCAGAAUGGAAGUGCCACCUCGCAGAUGGACACUGACCCGCUCCCCACCCGCCAAACUCCACGCCUUAUCUUCUCCUUCUCCUGGUUGAAUGCUCUAUCCAAAUAGAAGUAAAGACAAGCUGGCUCUUCUGAACAGGAAGAUGUGGAUCUCGGGCCGCAGUGGGAACUCGGAGGUCGUCAUUGCCAUGCCACUUCUUACCCUGUUUAUGAGAGUUUAUCAGAACAGUUUCAAGCUGCCUGUAAUGUGUGUCGUGGUGUUAAAAUGUGUUUAACUCAAUAAAAAAUGUUAAAUACAGAAAAUACAGAAUAUUUCAAGGAUAUAACUGAACAGAACUAAGUGGACAUUUAGCUAAACACUAUUUCUGUCCACCCUGAACAUAAACAGGAUCUGGAGUGUCUGGAAGAUGGAUGCGUAAAUGGAUAGACAUUUGUAAUAUCAAUUUGCAUGUCUUAAAUGGCCUGGAUGUUUAAUUUCUUGGUAGUGUACAUUAUAGAUUGUUUUGAAUACUAUAUGUAUUUGAUCAUGUUGAGAUUGUAUGGACUCUGCGGGCCUUAACUACAAGAUUGCCUGUUGUUUGUGUGUGCUCAAAUCAGCUCUUGUUUUACCUGCCUAGUUAAAGUGUAUCCAUGGCAAUCUUAUGUGCAGAUAUGUCAAAUAGGGCACAGUAAUUUCCCUUAUAUUACUCAAAACAUAUCUAAACAAUCCAUAUGUCACACAUUAAAAUGAACUAUAAUGGGAUGAUUUUAUAUAUAUAUAUAUAAUAAAAUAUGUUCCACAAAAGU